AUGCACAGCUACCUUCAGCCUCCAGCCUCACCAUUAGCAUCAGUUUCAACCAAUACUGGCCUACUUCUUGCACCAGCAAAUAUUCAAAACUUCAGGUCAUCAAAUGUCAUCCAACAGCGUGAAGUCACAAAGUACCUAGUGGUGGUACAUCCUGAGCCUAUGCAUGGCACUGUUCACACAGAAUAUGAGCAGCUGUUCAGAGAGAUGCAUGCACUGAUUCCACAAAAAAUUGGAAGUUUUAUCUUGCAGGCUCGCAACUUGGGCCUCAUGUUUCAGAUUGAAGGCAACUUCCAGAAAGAUGACACAACUGCCAGCCUCAUACUUUCUGGAUCAAGUUCACCUUCAUCAUCAACUGGCCGACUAACACCAACCUCUCAGUUCCCUUGGUCAUUCAUGAUGACAGGAAAAGGGCAAUGUUCUGCACAUGGGGCUAAGCUUCUUCCUUCAAGAUCAUCACCUGAACAUGUGAUGCAUAGAGACCUUCAAAAGAAUGGAUCUAGACUCCCCGUGCCAUCAGCACCAUACCAUGAGCAUCAGCUUGUAUUCAUCCUCCCUUUGUGGGAUAUCAUUGCUGGGCCAGUCAAUGGCCAUGGCAUGCACUGCUGUCUGGUGCCUCAGAGCUCCAUGAAGACCUUGAGGAGAUCAACUGCUCUUCUUUGUGUAUCACUGACUCCAAGGAGUCUCUUUGACUUCAUUGGCCUCCUCUCCAUUGGCCUCCUCUCCAUCAACCUCCUCUCCAUUGACCUCCUCUUCAUCAGCCUCCUCAUCAUCAGUGUCUGUGAUAUCACUGCCCCCAGCACUAUGCUAGCUGCUCAAGGCUUCUUGGCAGUGUGCAAGACUUUUUGUCAAGUAGGCACCAGUGAUGAGCCAAUUUUGCCGGAGGAUGUGGAGAUAACUGACUGCAUGGCCUUGAACAUGGUCAUAGGCUUGAUAACUGCAAAUAUAGGGCAUGGUGUUGGAAAUGGUCCUAUGCAUACCUUUUGGGGCACCUUAAUCACACUCAUAACACAGUAUUCUGGUCAUUGGCAACUCAUUUCUGAUACUGGUCUCAUCAUCUGCACUGGAUUCAUACUGGAGAUGGAGCUUCUUCCUAUCUUGCCCCAUGUACUUGUAUACCUGCUGGACACAUAUCAAACCUCCAUAGCACAACCAUUUUUAGAUGUUGUGUCUCCUGUGACAAGUCAACAUCUUUGUUCAUGGCCACCACUCAUCACUGUCAAUCUUUCCACAGGCCACAGGGAACUCAAUGUCACAUUUGCCUGUGACCCAUACACAAUGAUCCUGGAAAUAGAUGGUACAGUACAGAUCAGUCAAUUAUGCCAGCUGUCUGAAGCAGUGCAGGAAAGCCUUGGACAGCAGCUGUACUUUCACAUCAAUGGCCCUGGCUCCACCCAAUCUAUCAUACAAGGGAUGUUUGCUGGUCAUACACUAACCUCCCCUGAGCAAGUCAUCAACCUCAUUUCCUAUCAGCCCAUUGAGCAGUGCUCAAUCCAUUUGUGCAUGGGAUAUAUUCCAGAUCUGGACUAUACUACCUUAGCUGAACAGUUCAUGGAGCAUCUGAAGUGCUACUUGUGUGGCCAUGGUGCCCCUUAUGCUUUAGAUGGUAGUGCUCUCUUUGAGGAGCCAUCUCACAGUAACGACACUUUGUUGAGAUCCCACCUGUUCUUGUGA